UGAAGACUCGUUAAAAGUGAAUGUUUCGUAUUCAUUUAUUUUUAUAUUUUUAAACGAUAAUGGCUACAAUAGAGCAGAUUACAGAACAAAAAGGUCAAAGAGGUAGAAUGAUAAUUAGUCAAUGCAGAAUUUGUUAUCGCCAGGCAUGGAAUGAUUAUUAUGGAUGUGAGGCGUGCAAACGUUGUCUUCAGUUUGUUUUCACAGCAAUCAUUCACAGACGUUGCUACAGAUGCCGUAUGACUAGUAACUGCGAGUCGCUUUAUAAAUGUAAAUUUUGUACUUUACAGAAAUGUUAUAAGAAGGGUUUAAAACCGAUCAGGUUUGGAAUACAUUCUCGAGGAUAUUAUUUAAAGGAUAAAGAAAUUCUGCUACAUAAAGUUCAAACUAGAGAACCGAAUAAAUCUAACAUACAAAAAGAGAUCCUGAGUUUUAAAUUUUUUCUCCACCGAAGACUGGAUGUUAAUUUAGUAUGGGUAAUAAAAAAUAUGCGUAUAACGCCAUCAGACAGAAACAGAAUGGGCCUAUAUCCGAUGAAAGCUAUAACCUUGCAGAUCGUACAAGAAUCACUUUGUGCUCACGAUGUUAUAAAACUGGAAAAUUAUUAUCACGAUCCGUACAAAUGUGAAAUCGCACAAUUGCAAUACUUGACAAUGAAGAUUUUGAAACUGAUACGAAUGAUGAGAGAAAGAUUUUCCAAUGGAAAAAUUGAUUUAAAAACGAAGAUUCAUUUAAUAUAUUUUAAAGGGCCAAGAAAGAAUCGCGUUGUACAUGACGAAAAGCUUCAACAGGAAUUAACAGAGAUUGCUUUUUGGAUGAAAGUCUGCUUCAGAUAUUUAGAAGACUUUUCUUAAUGCCGGUUGUUAUAAACAAGUUUAACUUUUAGAAGACAUUUUUAAUGAAUUUUAUUUCUUUGUUUAUUUAUAAUUUGAUUUUAUAUUGAGAUAUUUUGGCAUUUUGUUAGUAAUUUUUGUUGAAUUAUAUCAUCUGAUUUUAUUGAAUAUGUUAAUGACUACAAUAAGAGUAUUUAAUUGAACUUUAAACUUGUAUACUAUAAAUUCUAUGUACAUAAGAAAGAUACAUCGCUUUUUAAAAUAAAUAGCAAUCUAUUAAUUACAUUCCUGGUUGUUAUGUAUAAAUGAGUAAGAAUAAAAUGAUCUUCACUCAAGAAUUUUACAUUCGUUGGCUUAGGAUAUCCUGAAACGUCUAGAACAGCAAAAAAUUUCGGAGGUAUUUUCUGUAUGUAUGGAUGUUGGGUGGUGUGUUUGUGUGUGAAAUUUUCUUUAAUUUUGCUAUAUGGUUUGUUUUUAAUGAGCAUUAGUCGCGUGGAAUUUUGGUAAUUAAAGGUCGAAGGGGUGGGAAGAUAAUGGAGAUCGUGUUUAUCUCCAGUAGGGCCAAACGUCAUGACAAUUUUUCUUGUUAUU